AGUCGCAGUGGGCGAACGGCGGCGGAGUGGGGUUGGCCGUCGCCGUUGUGUGCGAAGGAGAGGGAGAAGGGCCGCCGCUGCGGGAGGAAGAGGUGGAGGAGGCCUUGGCGAAGGGCCGGCGGAGGAGGCCUUCCCGCCCGCCAUGUCGCUGCACGGGAAGCGCAAGGAGAUCUACAAGUACGAGGCGCCAUGGACCGUCUACGCCAUGAACUGGAGCGUCAGGCCCGACAAGCGCUUUCGGCUGGCGCUCGGCAGCUUCGUGGAGGAAUACAACAAUAAAGUCCAACUUGUUGGAUUGGAUGAAGAAAGCUCAGAGUUCAUGUGCAGGAAUACCUUUGAUCAUCCAUAUCCCACUACCAAGCUCAUGUGGAUCCCAGAUACCAAAGGAGUUUACCCAGACCUUUUGGCAACCAGUGGUGACUACUUGCGCGUAUGGAGAGUGGGUGAAACAGAGACCAGACUUGAGUGUUUGUUGAACAACAAUAAAAAUUCUGACUUCUGUGCUCCAUUGACAUCCUUUGAUUGGAAUGAGGUAGAUCCCUAUCUACUGGGUACCUCUAGUAUCGACACAACAUGCACCAUCUGGGGUUUGGAGACUGGUCAGGUCUUGGGAAGAGUGAAUUUGGUAUCAGGCCAUGUCAAGACUCAGCUGAUUGCUCAUGAUAAAGAGGUAUAUGAUAUUGCAUUCAGCCGUGCAGGAGGUGGGAGAGACAUGUUUGCAUCUGUUGGUGCUGAUGGUUCAGUAAGAAUGUUUGACCUGCGUCACUUGGAGCACAGCACUAUUAUCUACGAAGAUCCCCAGCACCAUCCUUUGCUCCGCCUUUGCUGGAAUAAGCAGGAUCCCAAUUAUCUUGCAACAAUGGCAAUGGAUGGCAUGGAGGUUGUGAUUCUGGAUGUCAGAGUUCCUUGUACACCUGUUGCUAGACUGAACAACCAUAGAGCAUGUGUGAAUGGUAUUGCUUGGGCACCACACUCUUCUUGUCAUAUCUGCACAGCAGCGGAUGACCAUCAAGCACUUAUUUGGGAUAUCCAGCAAAUGCCUCGUGCCAUUGAGGAUCCAAUUUUGGCUUACACAGCAGAAGGAGAAAUCAACAAUGUACAGUGGGCAUCCACUCAGCCGGACUGGAUAGCUAUCUGUUACAACAACUGUCUGGAAAUCUUGAGAGUUUAAAAACAUGUGAGCUGUGUGAAAAAAAUGGAGCAAGAUUAUAGUCUUUCCUCUCUUCUAAAGUUCAGAACAAAACUGUUGAGACAGUGUCACUACUUCUUUUCAACUUGUUCUAGGAAGACUCACAACUGGAGUUGAUGGGUAUAUUUUACUAAGUUCUCCCUUUUUCUCUCCCCUACCGCCCCCUUGCCCCAAUGAUUUAAAAAUUGCAGGGAUAUGCUGAGCCUUUUUGAUCUUUGGGGAUUUUAUUAUUGCUUUCCAUUAAAGUUGUGUAUAUAUGACAGCCUUUUGUGUUGAGCAUUUGUAUUAAAUAAGCAAUGGCUCUUAGUCACAAUUAAUAUCCUAGCAGAAAUUAUUUAUUACUGCCCUAAAUGCCUCAUGAUACUGUUCAAAGUUCUAAUGAUGGGAUACAAAGCUAGCUUUCCAUAACUACUUUUGUUCUUAGUUUCUUUCCAUCUGUUAUAUCUGCUGACACUAGUGGUGAUUCUUAAUAAGGACACUCUAUAAUUAACGGUCUGUUACUAUUAGCGCCGUUCUCCGGCUCUAAGUGCAGUUGUUGUGGAUGUUGCAGAUAUCACUGAAUACAUAUGUCUGUUGCAUAUCCUAAGGUGAAACUUUAAAUUGCAUGGAAUAUGACUAUAGUUUUGUUCCUGCUCAUCAGAAAUAAUAGUGCUGAGGCACAAGUGAAUGCCUGACAUGUAGCUGGAGAAGUCUUAUCUCCAGUGUUAGACUGUGUGUGCAUUUCAAUCCACCAUCCAUUUAUGCCCCUCACUGAAAUGUAGGAAAUCCUACAGGUAAUCUUAUUUAAUCUGAGAGGCAGCAACCAUUUUUGUAAGACAAUUGUUGCCUUCAGCCAUUUAAGACCAGUUUUAUUACAUUUACUUCCACAGUGGUGUAUCUAGCAUUAUGCAAAAUGGCUUCCCUAAGGUGGCAUAGAAAAUGUGCUUAGUAUAACUGUUAGUUAUGCUGAUACACUAAAUAUGGGGUUGAACUCUUAUCCUUAGAACAGUAAUAUGACUAGAUUUAUGUGAUUUACUACCACAUAUGCAACUUUCUGUUGCGCAGAUACAGAGCACAACCCCCUAAUCUAUGGAUUCAGUAACCACAGUUUUACUUUACACCAAAAAAAAGAGAGAGAGAUUGAGAUUCCAAUUCAUCCUAGCAUCAUUUUUGGGCCUCUCUAGAUCUGCAAGUGCGAUUAUAUAGUAUACUUCCAGCCCGAGUAUAAUCAAAAUAUGGGAUUCAUUAUAAUUCCCCGUUUCAGGUAUUCUGGGGGGGGUGAGGUGGGGGAUGGAGCCUGUCUUCUGUGGGUACAGAUAUACUGUUUUUCUUCCUGUCCAUGUUAUGUAUGCUGAAGCUUCAGUAAUGUCAUCUGUUUGUGUACAUUUUUCUAUAACACAUUAAACUGAAUGUAUUUAUUAUUUUUUCCACUGCCUUCUCAAAACGACGGCUUUCCCAUAGUUCAAAGAAGAUAGCAGAAAUGGUUCCUAUCAGACACUUUUUGGAUUAUAACAUGAGGCACUAGAGAAGGGAAUAUGGUGAAUAGACCCUUUCAGAUGUAGCCACCAGUGAUGUACAUAAUGAAAUGAGAGGACAUAUGACAAACCUAUUAUUUGUUUUGUUGUACUUGAGUACAGUGGUGGGAAAAUGUGGUGGCUGACGUAUAAAUGUCUUUGUUUAAGAUAUACCAGUUCUUGCCCUGAAACAAACCUGUAACGUGAGAGUGAACUACUGGCUUUCUCAUCUUAUUUCUCUUCUCCCCACCCAUCUACUAAACAUCUUUAGUUAAGGCACCGAAGUACAAGUACAUUGUGUUUGGUCCAAAGCUUGUGGACCAUGGAAAUGAAUACAGCUAAGGACACACUCAAGAACAGAGCAUACUUGUAAAGCAGUGUGGGGAGAUGUUGAGUUAUUGCUCGAGUUCUUAAUAUUAAUAUGUGGUCUCUUUCACAAGAUCAAGAAUGUACAGGAUAUGAAUAUGAUCUGAUUUUUUUACUAACCACUACUAAACUGUAUGUUAGCUUAUGUUGUGUACUCCCAGUGUGAUUUCCUAAAGGUGUGAACUUUGUAGCAUGACUGUAUAAAGUCCCCAACUCUUUGUUCUUUCAAAUAAGCAAUAGCACUGACUUGACUUAUAUCCUUUUCUUCUUUUGGUUUAGGCAUUUAAUAUAUUUUCUUAUCUAAUAUUGUUGUGCAAAGCUGUUACUGAACUAAUUUUAAUCAUUCUUUAACGUGGCAGACAAUGGUUAACUUGUUGUAAUAACCUUAUUUGAUUUUUAUGGAGAAAUUAUAAUGAAAUGGACUUUAUCUUGCUUUUGAUCUCCUGAAUUCUGGAAUUGUAUUGAAAUGCUGUAAAAAUUUAAAACAGUUUUUUAAAAGGUUUGAAGUAGAAUGCUGGAAUUUUUAAAAUAUUCAUCUUGCUUCCUCUGUAUAUUUUUAUUUGUUCCGUUUCUUCUUCCCUGUGUAUUUUGUCUUUCUUACGUUUUAAUAAACUGGGAUCUUUCUAAA